AUUUCGUAUAUAAAGCUAAAUUCGACCAACCCUGCCUCCUCCUCUAAACCCUAGUACACUAUACCGGCCGGAUCUUUUCUUGGCCCAUUCUUUUUCAGCUUAGAAGAAGAGAAAAACUCGUCGAAGAAGAAGAAUGGCUGGGAAAGGUGAAGGACCAGCUAUCGGAAUCGAUCUCGGAACUACUUAUUCCUGCGUCGGCGUUUGGCAGCAUGACCGUGUUGAGAUCAUCGCCAACGACCAGGGUAACAGGACUACUCCGUCCUAUGUUGGAUUCACUGACACCGAGCGUCUCAUUGGAGAUGCCGCCAAGAACCAGGUGGCCAUGAACCCCAUCAACACUGUCUUCGAUGCAAAAAGGCUGAUUGGAAGAAGAUUUUCUGAUGCGUCAGUUCAGAGUGAUAUCAAGUUGUGGCCUUUUAAGGUCAUCCCUGGACCUGGUGACAAGCCCAUGAUCAUUGUCACCUAUAAGGGCGAAGAAAAGCAAUUUGCAGCUGAAGAGAUCUCUUCCAUGGUGCUGAUUAAAAUGAGAGAGAUUGCCGAGGCUUACCUUGGUUCAACUGUGAAGAAUGCUGUGGUCACUGUUCCUGCUUACUUUAAUGAUUCCCAACGUCAAGCUACCAAGGAUGCCGGUGUUAUUGCUGGUCUCAAUGUCAUGCGUAUCAUUAAUGAACCCACGGCUGCCGCCAUUGCUUAUGGUCUGGACAAGAAGGCAACCAGUGUUGGUGAGAAAAAUGUGUUGAUUUUUGAUCUUGGAGGGGGUACCUUUGAUGUUUCUCUUCUCACCAUUGAGGAGGGUAUCUUUGAGGUUAAGGCCACAGCUGGAGACACCCAUCUCGGAGGUGAAGAUUUUGACAACAGAAUGGUGAAUCACUUUGUUCAGGAAUUUAAGAGAAAGAACAAGAAGGAUAUCAGUGGUAACCCUCGUGCCCUUAGGAGGUUGCGUACCGCUUGUGAGAGGGCAAAGAGGACUCUUUCAUCCACUGCUCAGACAACCAUUGAGAUCGAUUCUCUAUUUGAAGGCAUUGAUUUCUACUCGACUAUCACCCGUGCCAGAUUUGAGGAACUUAACAUGGAUCUGUUCAGGAAAUGUAUGGAGCCAGUGGAGAAGUGUCUGAGGGAUGCCAAGAUGGACAAGAGUUCAAUUCAUGAUGUUGUACUUGUUGGCGGUUCUACUAGAAUUCCUAAAGUCCAACAACUACUCCAGGACUUUUUCAACGGGAAAGAGCUUUGCAAAAACAUCAACCCGGAUGAGGCUGUUGCUUAUGGCGCCGCUGUCCAAGCUGCUAUUUUGAGUGGAGAGGGGAACGAGAAAGUGCAAGAUCUCCUGCUUUUGGAUGUCACCCCCCUCUCCCUUGGUUUGGAAACUGCUGGUGGUGUCAUGACUGUUUUGAUUCCCAGGAACACUACCAUUCCCACCAAGAAGGAGCAGGUUUUCUCUACAUACUCUGACAACCAACCUGGUGUGUUGAUUCAGGUAUACGAGGGGGAGAGGGCAAGGACCCGGGACAAUAACUUGCUGGGUAAAUUUGAGCUUUCUGGCAUUCCUCCCGCUCCAAGGGGUGUUCCCCAGAUUACAGUGUGCUUUGACAUUGAUGCCAAUGGUAUUCUAAAUGUGUCCGCUGAGGACAAGACCACUGGACAAAAGAACAAGAUCACCAUUACCAAUGACAAGGGUAGGUUGUCAAAGGAUGAAAUUGAGAAAAUGGUUCAAGAAGCAGAGAAAUACAAGUCUGAGGAUGAAGAGCACAAGAAAAAGGUUGAAGCCAAGAAUUCUUUGGAAAACUAUGCCUACAACAUGAGGAACACAGUGAAGGAUGAGAAAAUUGGUUCCAAGCUCUCACCUGCUGACAAGAAGAAGAUUGAGGAUGCUAUUGAGGCCAGCAUCCAGUGGCUAGACAGCAACCAACUUGCCGAAGCUGAUGAGUUUGAGGACAAAAUGAAGGAGUUGGAGGGUAUCUGCAACCCAAUCAUUGCCAAGAUGUACCAAGGUGCUGGGGGUGACAUGGGUGGUGGUGCGCCCAUGGAUGAUGAAGAUGUCCCUCCUUCUGGUGGCAGCGGAGCUGGUCCCAAGAUUGAGGAGGUCGACUAAGCAUUGUUCUCAGUUCUCACAUACAAUGGGCAAAUUUAUCUGUUUUCAGCUUGUUAUUUAAUUUUACCAAACAUUCGUAGUUUAUAUUCAUAUAAAGUAGGCUUUUAAAAAGAGCCAUACUUAUAUGUCCUAAGCUUUUCAAUAUUGACUCUCCUUUGUGAUAGCAAUUAUUUUGAAUUAUUCACGGUUUUGCUUCAAGUCUACACUGAUUCUUUUUGUUCUCA